GGCAGCAGCAGCAACAACGACCAGCGGGAGCGGAAGCAGCGGCGCCAGCAGCGACGUCAGCGGCGGCGGUGCGAAAUCGGUGUGAAUUUUUCUAUAAACUCAGGCCCGCCCUUAUGCUGGCCAACAUUCGCGAUUGUGAUACGGAGCAUAAGGCCGCCGAGCGAGCAGAAAGCUGCCAAACCAAAGUCUGACCUUCGAAAUUUCGCACAACUCUUGCCACACAGCCACAGCCAGCCGAGCAAUAACAACACACGGCAAACAACCAACAACCAGCAAACAACCAAACAAGCAAACAACUAAAAGCGAGCAGCAAUCGACACAAAAGUUCCUAAAUCAAAGUCACAUUUGGUGCGCGCACACAAGUUCCUAAGUAGCUGAAAAGCCGAAAAGCCAGCCAGAAACAAUUGCAACAGCAGCAUCGCAGCAGCAACAGCGCAGGGCAGCAGCAACAUCCAGAAACAACAGCAACAUGACGGCACUGGGAUUAGUUUUGCUAUCCAUGAUGGGCUAUAGCCAGCACAUGAAUACGGGCGAUGUAGUGCCUUCGAGUCGAAUUGUGUCGCGGGAGGAGUGGGGAGCCCGCUUGCCCAAGGCCGUGGAACACUUCGAGGGAGCCGCCCCCUACGUGAUUAUCCACCACUCCUAUAUGCCAGCCGUGUGCUAUACCACGCCGGAAUGCAUGAAGAGCAUGCGGGACAUGCAGGACUUCCACCAACUGGAGCGCGCCUGGAAUGAUAUUGGCUAUAGCUUCGGGAUCGGCGGCGAUGGAAUGAUCUAUACAGGAAGGGGAUUCAAUGUUAUCGGAGCCCAUGCCCCCAAGUACAAUGACAAGAGCGUGGGCAUCGUCCUCAUCGGAGAUUGGAGAACCGAACUGCCGCCCAAGCAGAUGUUGGAUGCGGCCAAGAGCCUGAUUGCCUUCGGCGUCUUCAAGGGUUACAUUGACCCCGCCUACAAGCUGCUGGGCCACAGACAGGUGCGGGAUACCGAGUGCCCGGGCGACAGGCUGUUCGCCGAGAUCCAAACCUGGCCGCACUUCACCCAGCUUAACGCUACCGAGGCCAGCACUCCGGCCCCAGUGGAACCGCACGUCCAUGCGCCAGCCCACCCGCCGGCGGCACCUCAAUCCCCGCCAGCUGCGCCCAAGGUCUAGUUAAGGUCUGGUCCCCGCCAGACCCUCAUCCCUCGCAACAGCAGUUUAAGAGAAGCCACAACGAGCUCGGCUCCCCGCACAACGCCAAGGAGUUCAUUCAGUAUUCAUUAGAUGUCUCUUCGAACAUUUCACAAAUAAAGCAAUUUCUAGAUGAUAACACUUAAACAUAA